AUGUCGGACGACGCCGAGACGAAGGAGGCCCCCCCAGAACAAGGACAGCAAGGAGAAGAGCAGCCCCAAGGGGAGCCGCAGGAGCCGCAGGAGCCGCCCCAGGCAUCGCCGCCACCCCCUCAGAGCCCCCCAGCUCCAAAAGCCCCGGAAUCGCCCGUGAUGGUGACGGUGACAAUCGAGGAACAGACCGUGGAGGGACCGCAGGAAAACGGGGAUCCUGUGGGGAUCAGGGCUGGCUCGGCCGAGGAGCUGGGGAGCACCCCGGCGCCCCCCACUAGCCCCCCUGCCCGCUCCAAAUCUGCAUCACUGAAUGACCUGAAGCCCCAGAACAGCAUCAAUGGCGGUCCAAGGGCCGUUGUGCGGAGCAGCCUUUCUGGGUCCCAGGUCCAGCUAGCGGGAGCAGCGGGGUCCCCGCGGGCCAGCCUGAGCCGGCAGGCCUCCACAGCGGGCUCCACGGCUGGCGACGCCAGGGAGAAGCCCAGAGACUACAUAUUCAUUGCGGCCCUCUCCUGCUUCUGCCCGAUCUGGCCUAUCAACAUCGUUGCCUUCGUGUACUCUGUCAUGUCGCGGAACAGCUUCCAGCAAGGAGACAUCGACGGGGCCAGACGCCUGGGAAGGGUCGCGAAGCUGCUGAGCGUUGUUGCAUUGGUCGGGGGUGUGCUCAUCAUUGUGGCUUCUUGCGCCAUCAACUUUGGAUUGUUCCAGUGAAGGUGGCAUUUGGCUGCCAACUUACCCCUGGCACCGAAAUUUCCAUCUUUGGAGCUGGGAGCCAGCAUGACCACACUACAUUCAUUGAUCCAUCCAUCCAUC